AGGAGCAAGCAAGCAGGUGACACCAAAUGGUCGACUUGCGCUCUUCCCCAGGUGGCCGUCCAACUCUCUUGGGAACAAGAAGAGAACUAAAGAGACGCGUCAUGCUUCCUGUGUGGUAACACAACAACCCAAUGCUCAAGCCUAGCGCGGAGCCAUCCCCUGAUCUGCCGCCCGAUGCGUCCUCUUCCAGCGAUCACAGGCAGCAGAAUUCAUUUGCCUUCUGGUCCGGUAACAAUGCGUCCAGCCAUCGGGCCUACGUGCUGCUUCUAAUGCUUGUGCUCAUUCUGCUUGCCGCUGUUUUGGGCAUUGUGAUGACAUUGCUUAUAGUCAUUCGCGGCGGUGAGGCUCGUACCGACGCUGGUGCCACGGUCGCCUGGACAGAGUGGCAGCCGAGUGGUCCAAUGAAAAGGCCGCCCACUGGUCCGAUCCGAGGGCGCCCCACCGACGCGACUCCUCCUCACGGCCGCGCGAAGCCAACGGUCAAGAUGUUCACCCGGGGCAUGCGCUACUACCGUGUUGCUUACAUGGACGAAGCUCGUGGGCAUCUCUUCGUCGGAGCCAUGAAUGCAUUGUACAAGAGUCAGCUUGACGACAUAAGCAGCAACUCCUCCCAGGAACUCAAACUGCCUCCUCCUAAGGACCGCGUAAAAGCAUGCGAGACCAUCGGAGGGCACCUGCUGGGCAAGGAGGUUGACUGUCGCAACCACAUCCGCGUGGUGCAGCCGAUAGGUGACGGACGCACGCUCUACAUUUGCGGGACCAACGCCAGGGCGCCCACGGAUUGGCAAGUCAUGGCCGAAGAUUUGACGCUGGUUCCGGCGGUUCGGCAGAAGGCUAUCUUUCAAAGCAACGAGACUGGAAAGGCGGAAGGACGCUGCUCCUACUUCGUCUCCCAGGAAACUUCGUCGCUCUGGCUUGACAACGCUCCCGAACCUGGCGCUUCGAGCGUAGUGAGCAUAUGGCCGCUGUCUGGCAACAAGCACGCCUUCUACCGUGCGCCCAUUGCAAUGGAGAAAUCAGAUGGGACGCGCUACCCCCACCUGCUUACCGACACCACCAGCACCGCCGUCCUUAUUGACCCGCACUCGGUGGGCGCCAUCGCCUGGGGCAGAUACGCCUAUUUCGUGUUCCGCGAGUCUGCCCUCGAGACCAAGGUGUGCGGUCAACGGGUCGCCUCCACUGUGGGUCGCGUCUGCAAGAAUGACCUAGGUGGCAACCCAGGAAGCCGCACACUGUCCCAGCGGUGGACCUCCUUCUUGAAAAUUCGUCUCCGCUGCGCGGACAAGUCCGCGCUCCAACAAACGAAGAAAGGAGAUUUCACUUACGAUGAGAUACUUGAUUCCUUCUGGGUUCCAAACUUGGACGGAGGUGUGCUAUUUGGCGUUUUCGUCACACUCACUCGCGGCUACCCGGAAUCCGCCGUGUGCGCUUUCCGCAUGCGAGACAUCGAGAAGUCCUUCGAAGGCACCACUUUCUUCGAGCUGAAGGUGCGCGACAAGUAUUCGGUGAGCAGGCCCAUAACUCCGCCCGUCGCCACAUACCCGGGAACAGCCGCCGCGGGCGGCUGCCCGUCCGACUCUCGGAAGCUGUCCGACGACACCGUUCGAUUCGUGGCCGAGCACCCGCUCCUUACCGACACGCCGAGUCAGCGUCACGGACGACCGUUCUUUGAACGCGCCGGACUCAAGUUCCGCUCCUUGGCCGCCUUCGUACUGGAUACCUCAUGGGGCUCCUGGGUCAUCUGCUAUGUGGCCACGGCUGACGGCUUACUGCUGAAGAUUGCCGGAGAAAAUGCACCCGAGGGCCAGACCCCCGCCCCUGCCCAACUUGUGGACACCUUUAACGUGACCACGAGAAGACAGCCUAUACAGAAAGUGCUAGUUUCCUUGAAGCACAAGAGCGUGUACCUGCUCAAGGACGUAGCUGUUCUCCAGUACCCCCUGGAAUCUUGCAGAGAUAGUCACCAGAAUUGCGCGUCUUGCGUGCGGGACCCCUUCUGCGGUUGGGACGGCGGCCGGUGCAUUCCUCUGGCGAACGGGGCGCCGGCUGCUCUGCGAAUUUGUGGAGGGCCGACGUCAGCAUAGUCUAUGAUAGUCGGCGCUUGUUACUGUCGUUAUUCUUACACUGCAAGGCAGCAAUAAAAAUAAUCACUUAGAAGCAGACAGAAAAAAAUACAAAACAUAAACUAUACGCUGCAUUCCAAGGGUCAUAAUAAAAAAAAAAGACACUCCUUC